GCCCUUCGGAGAGUCGACGAUCGUCUUCCUACUGACGCCGCUGCUCUCCGUCGCCGGGAGCUCAAGGUGGGACGCCGCAACCGAUCGAUCGGGCGGCGGUGAGACGAUGGGGACUCUGGGGAGGGCGAUCUACACCGUCGGGUACUGGAUCCGGGGGACCGGCCAGGCCAUCGAUCGCCUCGGCUGCUGCCUCCAGGGGAACUACCUCUUCCAAUAACAACUGUCAAGGCAUCGGGCACUCAUGAACAUAUUUGACAAAGUACCAAAAGUCCACAAGGAUGUAUUUGUGGCUCCAAGUGCAUCUGUUAUUGGAGAUGUUGAAGUGGGGCACAGAUCCUCGAUUUGGUAUGGAUGCGUUCCGAGAGGUGACGUGAACAGCAUCCGUGUUGGAACUGGAACUAAUAUACAAGACAAUUCCCUUGUGCAUGUAGCAAAAUCUAAUCUAAGUGGGAAGGUUUUACCAACUAUAAUUGGAGAUAAUGUAACAGUGGGUCAUAGUGCUGUCUUACAUGGAUGCACUGUUGAGGAUGAAGCAUUUGUUGGUAUGGGAGCUGUCCUACUUGAUAGGGUGGUUGUGGAAAAGCAUGGAAUGGUUGCUGGCGGAGCCCUUGUAAGACAGAACACAAAAACUCCAUCAGGAGAGGUAUGGGGAGGUAACCCAGCAAGAGUCCUCAAGAAGCUCUCAGAAGAAGAGAUAGCCUUCAUUUCUCAGUCAGCAGCCAAUUACUGCAAUCUGGCCCGAGCGCAUGCUGUUGAGAAUGCCAAACCAUUCGAUGAAAUUGAGUUUGAGAAGAUGCUUCGGAAGAAGUUUGCUCGCCGGGACGAAGAGUAUGGUUCACUCGGAGUUGAUCGUCCCUGACAAUAGGUUUAGGUCUGGUGGGAUGGUCAACCUUCUUCACUGGACUGGUGUUGAGAGAAAUGUUUGAUGUAGUCAGCUUAUGUUUCGUUUUUCAUCCCAAUAAUUCUUAGACCGAUCUCUUCGAGGAUCGACACAGUCUUUUUCUUUGUUGUAAUGUACUUAUUGUGUAAAUGCCUCACAUAUCAAAUCAAGUUAUUUAGUUUCUCCAAUGGUCAGUGUUUUUUUGGCCAGUUAAAAUUUA